AGCUCGUCAUGCUGCGCGCCGCUCUUUUACGGAGUAGAGGAGCUCCAUUGAGGGUCCUUGGGAGCGCCCAGGGAGCCCAAUGGCAGCCGGUUGCGCAGCGAUUUGUUCUCGCUCAGAACUCGACAUCUCGAAGGGCCUUCGCCAGCAAAAAUCCUGAUGAGACGGUUCUACCUGGGUCUAAGAGCUCGAAAGCAAGCGUCGAAACGGCGCCUCCGGACCCAAGGCUCUCUCCGGCUAAUGGAUCGCCCUCCCAACUCGAUGGGCAACCUGUCCCCAGAACACCACCUUCACCUGCCGAAGUGAAAGCUGCUAGAUCUCCAUCAAUCCCCCCGACUCAACCGCCGACUGGCACCGGCACUGCCUCCGUUGCUCCUCCGAUUAAGCCUCGUAAGAAGAGACGCCCGUUGCGUUUCCUCCUGUUGACCGCCCUCCUUUCGGCCCUUGGAUAUGCUGGCGGUGUCUACUAUGCGCUUGUAUCGGACAACUUUCAUGAUUUCUUCACGGAAUACGUCCCGUUCGGCGAAGACGCUGUUGGGUAUUUCGAAGAGCGGGAAUUCCGGAAACGGUUCCAACCAGCAGGCUCUCAGCCCCGUCUAUAUCAGCAAGUGCGUGGUGAGAGUAAGGUCAACAUUCCCGAGCGGAGCGGCGUAUCUUCCAAAUUGGUCGAUGAGGCGACAAGAAAAUCGAGCGAUUUGGGAGCCAAGGGCCGGCAUAUGAGCGCUUUGGAGGAUCCAUCAGCAGGAAAGUCGAAGCCAGCACCUGCUGCUCCAGUGACCCCUGAGGCACAAAAAGCAGCCCCAGAGUCUACAUCGCAUGCGCUUCUACCUACGGACAAUGCCAGUCGGGAGAAAACAAUCCCGGCUGCAGAAACACCCAAAGCCGAGGCUGCGAAACCUGUUCAAUUGCCUUUGAUUGACCACAUCAACAUUGAGGGCGCGGAAGAAGCAGUCAUUCAAGAUGUUGUCAAGGUGGUUAACGACAUCAUUGCGGUAGUCAAUGCGGACAACGCCACCGGGAAGUAUUCUACCACGAUCCAAAAGGCCAAGGAAUCAAUCGCCAAGGUCCGAGAGGACCUGAUUGCAGCGAAGGUGACGACUGAGCGCAACACGGAAGAACAAUUGAAAGCGCUGCACUCCGAUUUCGACGCUGCAGCCAAGGAGUUCCUCCGACGACAGGACGAAGCGAUCCGGGAGGUCGAAGCCAAAUGGCGGGACGAGUACGAGUCCGAGCGUGAACUGCUCAGCAAGAGCUAUCAAGACAAACUCCGCUGGGAAUUGGACAUUGCCGAGAAACUCCACGAACAGAAGCUGAAGAACGAGCGUCUCUCACUCGCUAUUGGACUGAACGACCAGUUCGCCGAGAGUGUCCGCAGUCACGUCGAGAGCGAGCGAAAUGGUCGUCUCGGCCGUCUUUCGGAGCUCGAAGCCGAUGUCAAAGAACUCGAAAAGCUUACUGGCGAAUGGAAUUCCGUCGUCGACUCCAACUUGCAAACCCAGCAUCUUAUCGUCGCCGUCGAAGCCGUCCGCUCCAACAUCGAGAGGGCCGACCGGCCCCGGCCAUUCAUCAACGAGCUUGUCGCCCUCAAAGAAGUGGCGAGCAACGAUCCGGUCGUGAACGCCGCCAUUGCCUCGAUCAACCCGGCCGCAUACCAGAAGGGUAUCCCCACCCCCGCGCAACUCAUCGAUCGCUUCCGACGCGUGUCCGCCGAGGUGAGGAAGGCGGCGCUGCUGCCGGAACAUGCUGGCGUUGCGAGCCAUGUGGCCAGCCUUGCGAUGAGCAAACUCAUGUUCAAGAAGCAGGGACUGCCGGUCGGAGAUGAUGUGGAGAGCAUCUUGACAAGGACGGAGGCCCUUCUCGAGGAGGGAAACCUAGAUCGGGCCGCGCGUGAGAUGAACGGGCUGAAAGGAUGGGCGAAGACGUUGAGCAACGAUUGGGUUGGGGAGUGCAGAAAGGUGUUGGAAGUGCGACAAGCGCUUGAUGUCAUCGCUACGGAAGCCCGAUUGAAAAGUUUGCUUGUAGAUUAGGGGUUAUGUACAAUAUCAGCGCGAGAACGAGCGACAAUCGGUACACGCCU